GGCUUUUGUAAAUAUGAAUUAUUAAAUCGCCCCUGAGAAGCGCAGCUACCUCUAAGACAUGUGUAAUUUCCGCUGUUGAAGCUGUAAAAGCUGCGGGCUUGUCGCUCCCUCGCGCUGACCUCGCUGGGUUCCUCAACACGUCCGUUCACUGGACUCCUAGCGUGACGUAUGCACCCUGGCGCCCGGUUAGCUAGCUUCUUCCGAGCUAGUUAGCUAGUUGUUGUAGUUGACAGCCCACACGGGAGUCGGUUUACGUUAGCUAACUAGCAAGUCACCAACGUGUUCCGCCCUGGUGACUGUCGACAUCGGCCAUGGACGACGACAGCUAUCCCAAAACACUGUACGUGGGAAACCUCUCCAGGGACGUUACAGAGAUUUUGAUUCUGCAGCUCUUCACCCAGAUAGGGCCUUGUAAAAGUUGUAAAAUGAUCACGGAGCAUACAAGCAAUGACCCCUAUUGCUUUGUGGAGUUCUUCGAACACAGAGAUGCUGCUGCAGCCCUCGCAGCCAUGAACGGGAGGAAGAUAUUAGGAAAGGAGGUCAAAGUAAAUUGGGCCACCACUCCAAGUAGCCAGAAGAAAGACACAUCCAAUCAUUUCCAUGUUUUCGUGGGUGACUUGAGCCCCGAGAUCACCACCGAGGAUGUCAAGGCUGCAUUUGGACCUUUUGGGAAAAUCUCGGAUGCCCGUGUUGUGAAGGACAUGGCGACAGGCAAGUCAAAGGGGUAUGGAUUUGUGUCCUUCUUCAACAAACUGGAUGCAGAGAAUGCCAUCAUUAACAUGGGGGGACAGUGGCUAAGAGGACGCCAAAUCCGGACCAACUGGGCAACACGUAAACCACCAGCUCCAAAGAGUACCCCGGACAAUGGCUCAAAGCAGCUGAGGUUUGACGAUGUAGUGACUCAGUCUAGUCCACAAAACUGCACCGUAUACUGUGGCGGGAUCCAGUCAGGAUUAUCAGAACACGUGAUGCGACAGACCUUCUCGCCUUUUGGUCAAAUUAUGGAAAUCAGAGUUUUCCCAGAGAAAGGAUACUCGUUCAUCAGGUUUUCCUCCCAUGACAGUGCUGCCCAUGCCAUUGUUUCAGUAAAUGGCACAGUCAUUGAAGGGCAUAUAGUGAAGUGCUACUGGGGCAAAGAAUCUCCCGACAUGGCAAAAAAUCCACAGCAGGUUGAUCUCAGUCAGUGGGGCCAGUGGAACCAGCUCUAUGGAAGUCAGCAGCAGCAGCAGCAACCACAGCAGCAGCAGCAGCCGCAGCAGCAGCAGCAGCCGCAGCAGCAGCAGCAGUAUGGGCAAUAUGUGACCAAUGGGUGGCAAGUUCCCUCCUACAGCAUGUACAGCCAGUGGAAUCAGCAACAAGGAUUUGGAGUCGAGCAGUCCCAGUCACCAGCCUGGGUGGGAAGCUUUGGAUCUCCGUCAGCCCAGGCUGCAGCCCCAGCUGGACAAGUAAUGUCCAACUUGGCCAACUUCAGCAUGGCUGGCUACCAAACACAGUGAGCUGGCCCUAACCUAAGUGUAACACCAGGGGGAUUUUUUGAACCCUUGUUUAGACCACACAGCACUCAACUUUCAACUGGACCGCUUUGGUAUAAGAAGGGUGGGGGCCAUAUUCACAAAGCCUUUGUAGCUAAUAGUUACUCCUAAGCCAGUUAAACAAUUAGGUUUUGAAAGACUGUGUUGAUUUAACCUAGAACUUUUUAAAAGGUGAUGAUAAUUGAGAGUUCUGUUAUUGGAAAAUGCUCUUGGGCUUCUGAAGUAAAGCCAAACCACCCGUCUUUGUUUGUUCAAGGACAUACAAACUUUUUGAAUGUUUGGACCUAAGAGAGUCAUUCAGUACCUGGUGCGUGACAAGAGGAUGUGCAGCAUUAGCAUGCUGACUGGACAGGUAUCCAACAGACAGACGCUUUGAUGCUUUUCCUCUCACCACGCAUCAUAUUAGUUGACCAAUGGGCCAAACCAUCAAAAAGUCUACGUAGUUCUUGAAAACGCCACAUAAAUCUACACAUGACAGAUUUUAUUUUGUAGAGCUCAAAGCACACACUUACCUAUAAGCCAUUAUGUUACUCCAGCCGCUCACUGGAUUAUGACAAAGAUUUAAAUCCUUUGAAACCUCAAACUUUCUAACAUUAAUAUUAAAUUAUCAAACUAUAGCAAUAUCUGCUCUCUGUUUGCCAAUAUGGUUUUGUAAUAUUUCAAUAUUGCCGUGAAAAUGUGUUGGUUUGUUACAGAUUCUUCAAAAUGUUUACUUGGGGGCAUUUUUCUGUCAUUUUAUACAACUGAAGACAAAAUCCACUCAAGUCUUCUUGCAUUGAUGAGUUAAUUUUUGUAAUAUGUCAGUUUUUUUUAAAUGGCAUAAGGCAAUGACAGUGUUGUACAGAUCAAUCACGUAUUAUCAGUUAUCAUUAAAUUGUGCGACAAACUGCACCAUAAUGAACCAGCUUACUAAGAGCUGAUCUGGGCUGAGCUUCACUUCACACAAUAUCUAGAAAGUCAGUCCUGUUUUGAUAUGUUAAUGAGAAAUGCUUUGUGAAUAGAGGCCCUGGAAUGGUGGCUCACCUUUCCAAUGUGUGAAGAGACUAUUUGUACAAGCAGCUGUGGCUUUAAAUGCAAUUUCAGCACGAGGUGGCAUCUCUUGGGUAAACUUUAUGUACAAAGAAAAUUCCAUCUACAUGGCUCUCAAAGCAGAAACAAAUGUGUUUUUCAUGUUUUGUACCAGAGUGAUCAGCAUGUUCUUUGAAGACUUUUGAUGGAUUUUAUUUUACACUGUAAUGAAGCCUAGAUUGGACUAAUAUAUCAUCCUGUAUCUCAAAGUAAAGACGACAGGACACGCUCUCUGUACAAAGAAAAUAUUGUAAAAACAGCAAACCCCCCCCCCCCCCCCCCCCCCAAAACUUUGUAAAAUGAACUGAUUCUAUGUGCUAAUACUGGGGCUGGUUUCCUAGAGGAAUUUUGAAUCUUGAAUAUUUUCUUCCUCAUUUCUUCCUCUUUUUAACCUCCAGUUAAUUUACAGUGAUCUCUUUUCUAAUGGCUGUGAGAGUUUUCAAAGAUUAAUCUAGCAUCAGAACCAGCCCCUAAUGACAUCGCAUCAUGUUUUACGUCAUUAAAAAAAAAUGUCACUCAUCCAUUUAUACUAAAUAAACUAGGCUUAUUAUAAAUUGGGGUUGUUUCAUUUUAUGAUUUCCUAGAUAUGUGAUUGAUUUCUCAGGGCAGCGGGCACAUUUUCUGCCCCUCAGUGGAUCCUGAAUUUUCUCAUUAUUAAGCAGAAUAUUUCCAUAUAUCCCUGGUAAACUAUUUAGAAAAUAACUGGUAAAAUUGUUACGAGGAUUUCUCAAAGACAUCCUGCUAUUUGGAUUUUAUUUGCAUAUGUGCCAUUCUGUACAGUGUACUACGCUGCUCGUAAGGUCACUCUCCUCCUGUUGUACGAGCCAACACACUUGAUGAUGCUUCUGUUAGUUUAUUAGAGCUAUGACCCUGUAAUAACAAAAACAGGGUCAUGUUGUCUGAGAGUGUAAAUAUAUAAACCUUGAUCACAACCCUUCAUGCGAUGUUAAAAGAAAUGAUGUACAUAAUGUAGGUAGAAUGUUGCCAUCAUUAAAUUUCAGCAAUAUAAUUUAUGCAUAAGCCUUAAUCGAUGUGCUGGUAAAUUCAAACGUGUUAUUCGCAGAGGCUCCAUUACAGAUCUAAAUUCUUUUCCACCCAUGUGUGAGUUUGUGUGCCAUGUUCAAGACAUAUAGGGGGCAGGGGAAGUUUCAGCUUGAACUGCACGCUUGUGACAUGUAAUAUAUUUCUUGCUUAAAAUAAUGAAUGUAAUGGCAAUUGCUUUUAUGACAAUAAAACAUGUAAGAUGAACAACAGAGCUGAUGUUUAAUAAUAAAGGAUGCAAUUGUUCUUUUCCAUUUAGUGGAAAAUAUCAAGUCACUUCAAAUAAAAAAUCAACUCAA